GGACGUCUGAUAACCAUGCGCGAUUACCUGGUCGCGUUGCUAUUAAAAUGCCUCGCAUUCCAGCCCGAUGCCUCACGAUUUCUCGAGGAUAACCACCUUGAUCUUGCUUAGGAAUCACGCAGCUGACAAUAGUACACCCGAGAUCGAUACGUUUCAAGGUCGUUAACCUUCGCUACAUUUUUUAGCCUCCGAGUGAAUCAGACUGGCGACCAGGCCUUGUUCUCUAAAAACAGUAACGACGAGGAUUUUCUGGAAUCUCUGUUUGAGUACUUAAAAUCCUUGAGCCUACUUAGAAUCGUACCGCAAACACCACUCCUGUUCUUCGAAGUUCGACUCUCGCCAGAAAUGCCAUAAAUUUUAAUCGACGAUACUCGGAAAUUGUUUCACGGUGUGUCAAAAUUCUUGGAACGCCGGGUAUCGAAUAUUUUGUGGAACGAUCUUUAUCGAGCGAAUUUUUCUCGCGAACGUGACGCGUAGUGCACGUGCGGCGGACGCACAUGUGCAUCCAUCGAUCGCGUACCUGCGCCACGGGAAAAAAAGGGAAAGAGGAAGAGGAAGGAAAGAGGAGAGCGAGCAGAAGUGCUGCUCGUUUCUUCACCGAUUCCUUUCAGUAGCGACAGCCUCGAGCUGGUCCUCAGAGCAAUUAAAAAAAUAGAGGCAUUGAUCAGGACUUUACGACGAAUCAGUCUGCGAAUUUAAUGGAUUCAUAGGAAAAAAUCUGUAAUGAAUGGCCAAUGAUGUUCCCCAGACGUGAGACAAAAUUCUUAUUCAUAUUCGAUUUUCUAGAUGUUUUAUUUUCGACGAAACGAUGAUGCAGUUGUAAGAACGUUUCGGGUGCAUCGAGCUCUGCGUGAACACGUAGCCACCGCUGGAUCCACGCGUGUGCAUGUGUAAAAGGCGAGUUCUCCUCGAGUUGGAGGGGGUAGACGACGGGACGAGGCGGAUGAAUGAAUGAAUCUUAAGACAGUCGUGUAAGAGGGGCAUUCACGAAUCCACGUAGAUAUCGUCUGACUCUGUCUAGCCUUCGAGAAACCUCGGUGUCCAGCGUCCGAAAGCGGUUCCCGUGUCCACGAAACCGUUCCAAUUUCAACGACGACGCUGGCGAUCCCCGAGUUUAGAUCGAACGCCGAUGAUCCCGGCGCCAAAGUCCAGUCCAAGUGCUCGAUAGACCGCGUCGCGCCGCUUUCUUCGAGCUCCUCGAGGCCACCAGGACAUCAUGGAAGCCGCUUUCUUCGGCGAGCGGAAGAUCCUCCCGUGGAAAUGACGUUCCAUAGCUCGGAACUUUGAUCUCGAGUGCGAGUGCAUCUUUCUGUGUACGAUAUUUCAUGGGAACCAGUCGGUGGUCGGUGCACCGUUGUCCUUGAACUUCUGCAAACGAGAGACAAUAGUCCCGUGUCAUUUUUCCUGAUAUCGGUUCAUGAUUUCCAACGAUUUUGGAGAACAUGGAGGUAUCGACGAGGAGGAGGUGCCUCUGGCAGCCGUGGCUCACCACAGACAACUUUCGGCCAGUGUACAAGCUUGGAGAGGAGAGACCGAAAGCGUCGAAUCUGCACCGGAAGCCGAGCAGCGCGUGGCGGAAGGAGCGUAGGAGGGACCCGAUUCAGAGCGAGGCACUGGACAUGACGGCGACGCGGGUGCAUCACCACCAUCACACCAGGCCCAGCGUGAUCGUUCCGACCACGCCGCAACCCGGGACGACGAUCGAAGACACGGCGGUGACGCCUACUCCGUCGCUGACGCCGUCGGCAGCGGUCGGUGGCCAGAGAACCGGGAUCAGGACCGUGGGUGGGGUGAGCGAUCCCGCGAUCGACGAACAUUUCAAACGAUCCUUGGGUCUCGAGGAGUACGCGGCCGUCUUUAACGCCAACACCAGCGACAAGGAGGCCGGGCUCAGCGUGGACGAUCAUUUCGCGAAAGCUCUGGGCGAGACGUGGACGAGGCUGAAGGCGACCGGCAGGAGCAAUGACUCGUCCUAACUGCCGGGGCAACUCGACCGGGGAAAUCCUCCGCGCUUAAUCUAGAAAUUAAUGUGAGAUAAUUAAUUCGUGGGUGGAAAAUGGUUGGAAGCAACCGAUGAACUCUCUACUAUUAACGUUAUUAUUAUUAUUAUUAUUAUUAUUAUUAUUAUUAUUAUUAUUAUGUUAUUAUUAUUAUUAUUAUUAUUAUUAUCAUUAUCAUGAUUGCCGCCUGGGCUCGGGUAGGAAGCAGGAAUGAAAGAGUACCGAAGUGUCCUUUAAUCAUGACGAAGAAUGAAACGUACUCGAGAUUACAUUCUCUGUACAUAGACGCGUAUUCUUUUAUCAUGCCAUCAUCGCUGUCCGGGAGGGCCAACUUUAUUUAUUAUACGAUGUUCCAUACUGCCUCGCUAAAUAAUUCUAUAGAUACGCUCGGAUCGAUCCCUUCGCGCCGCUGCAACCAGACUAAAGAUUACGAUAACGAGAUGGAUAAUCGACGACGGGAUGGGAGGAACAAAAAUUGCCGCGGCGAACGGAGUGAGAAGUAUAACGAAGCGACGUACGUGAUUAAUUAUUCGCUUGUUUAUAUAAUAUGUAUAUGUAUAUAUAUAUAAUACGUUGUACAUAUAAACCCGAGAGUGAAAGAGUGCGCGAGUGAGAGAGAGAGAGAGAGAGAGAGAGACGUCGACGGAUAAGCGCGAAACCGUAUAAAUUGCGAACCGGUCGUUGCACAAAACUUGUAACACGUGUUCACCUUGUGUAACUAUUAUACAUACAUGCAUACUGUAUCGAGGCGAAGAGGAGAAA